UCACGUUAGUCAACAGUUUAUUAUUCUUUUAAAAAAUAAAAAUUAUAUCUUUAAAAAUCAUAUCUUUAAGUGUGAAAACAUUUCACUCGGUGAAAACUUUAUAUUGAUUAAUCAGUAUAAAUGUUAUUAAUUAUCCAUUUUCAAUAAUAAUCUCUAUUAACAGUAAUAAUCAAAAUUAUUAUCGGGUCGUCAAGUGUUAAAAAAAAUUAUUUAUUUUGACAGUUUAACAAUCGGUUACACGAGGUUAGAAGUAAGAGAAUAAUAUUGGUUAUCAUGGCGACUAAAUGGGGAAUACUGAGUGCGUCUAAAAUAUCACACGACUUCGUUGUAGCACUGGCAUUGUUGCCGUCCGAGGAUCACAAAAUUGUGGCAGUUGCCGCCAAAGACGAGGCCAGGGCAAAAUUAUUCGCCAACGAGCUAAAAAUACCCAACCACCACGGCUCGUAUGAAGCCCUUGCCAGCGACCCUAAUGUCGACAUUGUUUACAUCGGCGCACUCAACCAUCAGCACUAUUCGCUUACGAAACUGAUGCUCGCCAACGGCAAACACGUGUUGUGCGAAAAACCGUUUUGCAUCAAUACUAAACAAUUGGCCGAGUUAAUCGAGCUGGCCAAGAGCAAAAGAAUAUUCCUGAUGGAAGCCAUGUGGAGUCGCUUCGGGCCCGCCUAUGAAAAAGUCUUCGAGGAGAUACAAAAGGGAACUUUAGGAAACGUCCUCAGCGUAAAAGCUAACUUUUGCGUCCCUAUCGCCACUCAAGAACGUAUUUGGAAAAAAGAAGUAGGCGGUGGAUCGGUGCUAGACCUUGGAGUGUAUCUUCUCCAUCUGGUUAAUAUGGUAUAUGGACCGGAAGAGCCAAAAUCCAUCGUCAGCGAUGGCGUAUUGAACGAGCAUGGUGUAGACUUAGCAUUUUCGGCAAUACUAAAAUAUUCUGACGGCAGAUUAGCAACGAUAUCGACAGAUACAAGAAUGGCACAAGAUAAUUCAGCUUACAUCUAUGGAGAUAAAGGAUCUAUUAAGAUUCAUCAACCGUUUCACGCUUCUAAUAAAAUAACCGUAAACAACAGUAUCGAUUACGUUUUUGAACAGCCAGAACCAUGGAAACCUAAUAUUUAUCCUAAUAGUGUACAGCUCCGAUACCAAGCAGAACACGCAAGGCAAUGUUUGAAAAAAGGUCUUACCGAAUCGUCUGUUCUCGAUCUUAAUACCAGUUAUAGAGUACAAAAGCUUAUGGACAAAAUAAGAGAACAAAUUGGCGUGCAAUUCGAUGAAGAUAAUUAGAAAACGCCCAACUUUCAGUACCAUAUUUUUGUUGAGUCAUAAAUAAAUAAAUCUCCCUAUAUUUUAUUAUGUAUCCAUACAUUUAAUACAAAAUAGGUAAAAGUUGUUUAAUAAUUAUUAUUGUAAGGAACUAUAUUGAAUUGUAUUUGAAAAAUAUACUAUCUUUAUCAAGUAAA